AUGGAUCCAAAUAAAACCAAAAGUGCUUCUGAAGGUAUAGCACCCAUGGGCAUUACAGCUUUAAAUGAGGUAGUCCUUAGUGACCAGCCAGAAUCGAGAUAUGAAUGCCCUGUAUGUCUCAAUUGGCUUAGAGAUCCAGUUAUCACAACAUGUGGACAUAAAUUCUGCAAAAGUUGCAUAACAUCGUGGCUGCAAAACAGUGGGCAUUGCCCAAUUGAUAACAUCAACCUUAGCAUGAAAGUCGACAUUUUUCCUGACAACUAUACUAAAAGAGAGAUUCAAGAGCAACGGAUGUCAUGCCCUUUUGCAGCAAAAGGCUGCAAUGUUAAAGUGACUCCUUUGGAUUUGGAUGCCCAUAUAUCAUCCUGCCAAUACAACCAACCUGAGGCAUCAUCGCAGCCUGUGGUAAGAGUGCCGUGCUCCUUUCAAGCAAUGGGUUGUAAGGAGACAUUUGAUAGCCAAGAAGAGAUGAACAAUCACCUCCACAAGGACAUACAGAAUCAUAUGAGUUACCUGAUGAACGCCUAUUCAGAGAUAAAGAUCAACAGCGACAUAUCGAACGCGAGUAUCGACACGAAAGAGCAGGAAGCCAUGAAUUUAUGGGAGGCCCCCGAUAAGGACGGAGGACAGAGCUCUUCGGCGCCUCUCACCAAUACCAGUGCUCUCAUAAGGGCGCUGUACGAGCGCGUGGUGGUCCUCGAGCAGAGGAACAGGGAGCAGGACAUCGUGAUAGCGAACCUCUCGAAGCAGCUGUCCGCUUUCGCCGUGGCCAAGGUGAAGCAGAACGGCGACAUGCUGCUGCGCUACUGCAUGGGCAACUACAUCUGGAAGGUGGACAACUUCGCGGCCAGGCUGGACGCGAUGCUGAGGGACCACUACAAGAUGCUCUACAGCCCCGGCUUUUACACCUCGCCGAACGGAUACAGAUUCUGCGUGCGCCUGAACAUAUCGCCGCAGAACCCGCUCUUCUUCGCGCUGCACGUCCACCUGAUGCAGACGGAGAACGACGACUGCCUCGACUGGCCGUUCAACGGGCGCAUCUCCUUCGCCAUGGUCAACCAGCGAGACCCGCAGAUGACGCAGAAGGACACCAUGAUGUCCAACUCGACGCUGGUCGCGUUCAGGCGGCCCACCGCCGAGAUAUGCGUGCGCGGCUUCGGGUACACUGAGUACGCGUUGGUCAGCGACGUGGUGCGCAACGGGUUCGUCAAGGGCGACGUGCUCCUCAUCAAGCUGGGGGUCGGCGAGGAGGGCGGGUCCAGGGAAGCCCGAGAAGCAGAGCUGAAACUACUCGAGCUGAGCUCUUCAGGCUCUGCUUCAAAACGGCCGCCGCUCGCG